UCACUUGGUAUGAGAAUGGAUGAAUUAAACCAAACCCUACAUGCUACAACAAGUCCAUGUUCUUCCAUAACCACCAAAGCUCUUGGGCUUAUAUAUACCCAUCCUUUUGCUUGCUAUUGCUACUUCCUCUCUCUAUAUCUCUCCUAUAUCACAGAAGCUACUUCUUUUCCAAUGGUGAAAGAAGAGGAGGAAUCCACCGUAGUUCUGACUUCGCCUUUAUCGUUGGAUUGCGAGUCUGGGAACGAUUAUAGAACACCGAAUUUGUUACAGCGAUUAUUGAGUCUCUUGAAGAAUGUUCGACCAGGAUCCGAUCUCACUCGUUUCACUUUGCCACCUAUCUUCAACAUCCCCAAAUCACAGCUCCAAUGUUAUGGAGAAUCAGUGUAUUGUGUCAACAAUGACAUUCUUACCAGAUGUGCAAAUGGUGGAAGCCCACUUGAAAGAUUCACAUCAGUUGUUGCAUGGAGCAUUUCUACUUUCCGCCCUCUAAUGUUUGGUGUGGCUCCCUACAACCCUGUUCUUGGAGAGACUCAUCAUGUCUCAAGAGGCAACCUAAAUGUAUUACUAGAACAGGUUUCACAUCAUCCGCCUGUGAGUGCUCUUCAUGCUACCAAUGAGAUAGACAACAUUGAAAUGACAUGGUGUCAAUAUGCAAUUCCAAAAUUUUGUGGCACCUCGAUUGAAACAAAAGUGCUUGGUAAAAGACAUGUGAAGCUUCUAAACAAGGGUGAAUGUUACGUGAUGAAUUCCCCAAAUCUUGUUAUAAAGUUUCUUCCUUUCCCUGAUGUGGAGUGGCUUGGAAAUGUUAAAAUUCAAUGCGAAGAAACUGGGCUUGAAGCCGAAUUGUGUUACAAAGGCAACUCCUUUCUAGGCAGAAAGGGAAAUUACAGAUCUAUUAGAGGAAAAAUUAUAUCUUCAUCAAAUAUGAAAACUAUUUAUGAGAUCAAUGGUCAUUGGGACAAGACUGUGACAGUUACGGAUAUUAGCAAUGGAAAAAUGACAGUGAUUUAUAGGGCAAACGAUGUAAUCUCAGGACUUAAAACACCAAUUGUGAAUGAUGUGAAGGGAGUGUGGAGAAGUGAAUCUGGUGUGGUAUGGGGGAAAGUUAACGAAGGGAUAAUGAACAAGUCAUGGGAUGAAGCAAAAGUCGCAAAGACAGCCAUUGAAGAAAAGGAGAGAGAAUUUGCUAAAAAUAGAAAGUUGAAAGGUGAAAAUUGGGUUCCAAAACAUUUUGUAUUAUCGAAGUGUAGAGAAAAUGGUGAAUGGGAGGUGAAACCCAAAAAUACAAAAGUCCCUUUAGCACCUAUAAUCGUACCUAUUUGAGAAAUGUAUAUAUAUAUAAUAUUCAUUUCUCUCCUAAAAUAA